CAUUUAUUUGAGAAACCUCCGAGUUAGGCCGUUUUACUAAUGUCUUACUGUCUGUUUAAAAUCGUUUACCACUGUGGUCCGUGAAAUUAGAGACUUGAUGGAUUAAAAAAAAAAAACUUGGACAGGGAACAGUUUUAAUUUGCGGAAGUUUGCGUUUUAACAAUAGGCCUAUAGAACACACAAGCAGACAUUUCGUACAGAUUUAUCUUAGUUUGUCAACUAAAUCUCAGACAUUUCAUUGUAAACGGGCUGGAAAAUGCGGAAGCCUGAACCGGAAGUGAGUGCACAUUGCUGGGGGAAAAGUUCAUUCAGACACAUUUCCAGAAAAUGAUGGAGGACUCCAAUGGCACAAAACCCUUUAUGGUUUCUUCAUCCCUGUCUUUUCAAGUCUCUACCCCUUCCUUCUACAACCAGCCAAAAAAAUUUGCCUCUGUAGCCCCACCACGUCCCAAAGGACCAUCUAAUCCCCUAUCAACCGUGAGCACAGGCGUGAUUGGCCGAGUUGGAGAGAUGCCCCCACCUCCAUCAACCAUAAGUGAUGACUUUCCACCCCCUCCUCCUCCACUGGAUGAUGCAGAGCUGCCAGCCCCUCCCCCUGAAUGCCAGCUCACACCCCCUGCAUCUGAGGCCCCUCCUCCUGCAUUCCCUGCCCCACCCCCAGUUGCUGACGACUUGCCCCUCCCAGCACCUCCUGAAGAUGUGAGCUUCGUGCCCUUAAAUCCCUGUCCUGUUCCUCCUCCUCCUCCUCCUCCUCCUCCUGCACCUCCACUCCCACAGUCUGCCACAGGGGCCAUCUCUCAGAGACCACUGGAUAAGCAGACUAGCUUUGACCGACAGUUGGGCUCUCUAACGGAAAUGUUGUCAGAAAUGGAAACUAGAAAACCUUUUAGCCCAAAGAUGCCCAGUCAACUGUCAUCAGCACCCACCUCAAAGCCAGCUGCUCCACCGCCCACUGCCCCCAAACCUGCUCUGUCUUUCCUGCCCCCUCCAGAACUGCAGGACCGCCCACCUCCUGCCCCCUGGGCUGAAGAGCUGCGUGCCCGCACCACACUCCGACAACCUGGGUCAAGUCCACCCUCUGCACCAUCCCCCGCACAGCCGUUGGGCAAGGGCUCCACCAUUGCACCGAAGACCACGUUCACUCCAAGUCAGCCCAGUUCAAAUUUUGGCCCCAAACCAGCACAACAUGUAACCUCUGGAGAUACAAGAGCAGCUAAUCAGGUCCCCAAAGCAGCUCUGCAUGGCUCUUUCCCUCUGCCUCCUGCUGCGCCUCCAGCCCCUGCUCAUCCGGCAAGUGUCCCUGCCCCUACUCCAGCUUUCAGUCACUUCAAAGCUCCUCCUUCGGUCAGUCAGGUGAAAGUGGCUCCGCCUCCUCCAGCAGCCCCACAGCCUAAGCCUGUGCCAUCGCCGGUGUCUUCAUACAACAAAUCAAUGGGCAACCCACCUUCAGCCAAGGCAUCAACACCAGCAGGUCCUGCUGCAGACACACCCCCUACUGGUGCUCCUCUCUCAAUGAGAGAAGUUGAGGAGCUGGAGAGAAUGACAAAGGACUUCAUAAAAGACAUGGACAAACGUGCUCCAGUUAGCUCUGCACCCACAGAGGUAUGUGGUAAGUGUGGAGAGGGGCUCUCCAGAUCUCAGCCAGCAGUAAGGGCGAUGGACAGACUUUUCCACUCUCACUGUUUCUGCUGCGUGAGCUGCCACCGCCCCUUGCAGGGCAUGCAGUUCUAUGACCGUGAUGGCGCGCCAGAGUGUGAGGAAUGCUAUGUGAAUUCUCUGGCGAUUUGUGCUCGGUGUGGGGAGCGGAUCAUGGAUCGGGUGUUGAAAGCAGUGGGGCAGUGCUUCCAUGCGCACUGUUUUCGCUGCAGUGUCUGUAGCUGCACACUGGAGGGUGCUCCAUUCAUCACCGAUGAUGCUGAGAAGCCGUACUGUGUUCCCGAUUACCACCGGCGUUUUUCUCCUCUGUGCGUGAGCUGCAAUGAGCCUAUCGUUCCUGACCCUGGGAGUGAAGAGACUGUUAGAGUAGUUGCCUUGGAGAAGAACUUCCACCUUAAGUGCUACCGAUGUGAGGAUUGUGCCCGCCCUCUUUCUAUUGAGGCAGAUGCAGAUGGAUGUUACCCAUUGGAUGGAAGAAUUCUCUGCAUGAAGUGCCACACAAAGCGUGCCAAGCAAGCCAUGCAGUGAUUAGUGGAAACUCUUGCUGCUUAUGCUGAAACCAAAUCUUAGAAUGACUGCUUUGAUUAUCUAUGACACAUUUUGAUUUGUGAGUGGAUUGCUAUUCCUCACAUUCUCCUUUACUGCUUCUUUUCUUCAUACCUCUGCUAAGCUUUAUCAGCAAGCCCAGAGCUAAGUAGUUUAAGUGGCUCAGCCACCGUUUAAUGCAUGGCCUUUAGAACCAAGCCCUUUCAUCAUGCCCUGCUCACAUCGCCAGGGGCUUCAUAGAUUAUUGAUGACAAAAUCAAAAGCAAGCCAUCUGAGCAUGGGUUUGGUUGAAUUCUGAAUAUACUCCGUAUGAAUAUAUAUAUAUAUAUAUAUAUAUAGCCUGUAACAAUUUAAAACACGAGUGUUUGGGUAUACGGUUAGAGGUUAGGAUGUAACAUUGAAUGGGACCUGUCUGACUUAAUUUGCUGGUUCAGCACAAAGGUAGUGUACUGUAAUGAAAUGCCAGCUCUGUCUGAUUUCAUCAUUGCAUUCCCAUUGUGCCUUGUACAGGCAAAACACCACCUCUCUUACGAGGGCCUUCUGAACAAUAGACACUGAGGAUAAAAUGAGUUGAGUAGGUGCAUCCUUGAAAGUUAGAGUUUCAGUAAUGGUGAUUUGCUUGGGGUUUGGCAAGGGUUUUUGUUUUUCUUGCAUGCAAGUGUGCAAUGUUUAUUAAACAAGACUGCAUGAAAAUGAUAUAUAUAUAUAUAUAUUUUUUUUUAGAAGUACAUGAACUGGUAAAUUAUGCUUAAUAACAAUAUCCAGUAUGGGGGGAGGGAAAUAUUGCUUUGAUUACCAUGUACAUUCACCUAGUAAAAAUGAAUCUAAUGGUUUUCAUUAUAAUGUAUAUCUAAUAAAAAAGAAAUGUAUUCCAUGAAAUGGCCUACAAAAAAAAGUAUGACCAUUUGUUGAGUUAUACUUUGAGGUAUGUUUAAUAAUUUUUAAGUUUUCACAACUUUAAAGUUUCACAACUUUAAGUAUCACUUGGUCAUAAUAGGCCUGUUUAGGGAUAAUACCAGUUUUAAAACAUUAUUAUUGUAAUGGUUAUGGUUAGAAUAUCUGCACAAAAGCCUUAAAGGAUUCAGGAGAUAAAGUAUUAGGUGGUAAUUACCAAAUGCAGUGAUCUUUCUGAUAGGAGCGCUUUGAUGCUUUGUUUAAUAUGGAAACUUUCCGCAGACAUACUUAGAAUCUAAAUGGCAAUAUUUCAUGAAAAUAAAUGUAUUUCCUGCCUUCUUCAUGUUUAAUUAUGUUUUAUGUUCUGUUAUAUAUUUUUCUAGAAUUGAUGAUUGUUAAUGUUCCGCACAGUAUUGCACUGUAUAUUUCCCCGCAGUAGUCUGUUUUUGUUGAGGUAUUUGUUCGUUUUUGUUUGUAUUGUUUCUCUUUUUAAACCAAAGGUAAAUUGAAUAUAUGGACAGUCUCUCAUUGUUUGUUUUUUUUUCUCCCUAUCUACCUAUCACAAUCUCAUUUGUAACGUUUUUCUCAGUUACCCUCUCAGAAUUCCUGCUCAUUGUUUCAAUCCCUUGAAUCCUAAAGGGGAGUUAAAUAGAGGUGUUUCUCAUCCUUUACAUAAUUGCCUGACUGAAUGUUCUAGCAUUUAUUUUUGCAUUUUCCCCCCUAGUUUUCCAGUCAUGAGUUGAUACAUUUGCCAUACCAGUGUCAACAAUACUACUGUUUACAGUAUGAGAUCCAUUUUAAAACUGCUGUCUUCUUUUAUUCAAUUACCUACAUAUAUACAUCUGCUUUUUAAUUUUGCAUACUAAGCAUUGAAAUUCCUGUCUAAUAUGUGAAUGUGUGUAUGUUUACGGUCUUAUGUCUGCCUUUUUUUGCAGUCAAGCUCUCAUUUGUACUAUACUAUAAAAUGAUAAUAAAAAAAGACAAUUCAUCUGCCAAA